AUGCGCGUGAUAAAUGCCCAGCUUUCUGGAAGCGACGAACAAACCCGCCAGUGGGUGCCUUUAGUACACAUCCGACACGCGCCUCCGAUUCUGCGUGCCCCCGAAUUGGCCAUACAAGAUCACGCACCGCCAGGAAACCUCGGGUCACCCGUACUAGUGUUCAUCCACAACUCAGGCUUGCACCCACGACCAACGAACGACACACCCACACCGUGUCACAGCUCAUCAACCCGCCAGCAUCGGCGAUGGCUCCCACAACGCUGCUUCCAACACCCCCCUGCAUCUCACAAGGACCAUCCACCACCGUCUCGCAAGCUCACCCAGCCCACCAACCCAAGUCAACGAAACCAUGUAGAACGACACCUCAGAACUCAAAUUAAAUGGUAG